GAACGGCCCUCCUUGUAUUCCUUUUUUCGGAGAAUAUGCGGAGAUCCCUUCGGCCAUUCGAACAGGUAUUGCCAAUAUGAAAGACUUGCGCGCCUUCGUCCUAUGGGGCUGUCAGAGCUUGGUGGAGCUCCCCAGCGGCAUCUUCGACUACAACCCGCUCUUGGAGGCGCGGUGA